UAUUUCAGGCUGCGUAACGCGGACAAUAAGCAACACGACCGUGGAUAACAUAUUCCGACGGUGAGAACGGCCGCUCAGUGUUCAGCAGCCAUGGCCAAAAGGAGGCCCUUCGAGCGGCUACCCACGGAUGUGUACCCCGUCAACUACGGACUCUGUCUGCAGCCCGACCUGGUCAACUUCACGUUCGGCGGCAAGCUGCGGGCGAUGGUGGAGGUGACGCAAGCCACCAAUCAGAUUGUGAUGAACUGCGCCGACAUCGACAUCAUCACAGCCUCCUUCGCGCCUCAGGGAGGAGACGAAAUUGACGCCACGGGAUUCAACUAUCAAAACGAGGACGAGAAGGUGACCUUGUCCUUUCCUUGCGCUCUGAAGAAAGGUUCUGGUGUGCUGAAGAUCAAGUUUGCGGGCGAGCUGAAUGACAAAAUGAAAGGUUUCUACAGAAGUAAAUACACCAACACCGCGGGAGAGACCUGCUACGCUGCCGUCACACAAUUCGAGGUGACGGACGCCCGCCGAGCGUUCCCCUGCUGGGACGAGCCGGCCAUCAAAGCCACCUUUGACAUCACGCUGAUCGUCCCCAAGGACUGCGUCGCUUUGUCAAACAUGAACGUCGUGGAGCGCCAGCCGUACCCGAGCGAGGAAGACCUGGUGGAGAUCGCGUUUGGCACCACGCCCAUCAUGUCCACCUACCUGGUGGCCUUCGUCAUCGGCGAGUUCGACUUUGUGGAGAGUCAGUCGUCGGACGGCGUGCUGGUGCGCGUCUACACGCCGGUGGGGAAGGCCGAGCAGGGUCGCUUUGCGCUGGAGGUGGCAACAAAGACGUUACCUUUCUACAAAGACUACUUCAGUGUUCCUUAUCCGUUGCCGAAGAUUGAUCUCAUCGCCAUUGCCGACUUUGCUGCCGGUGCCAUGGAAAACUGGGGCCUUGUUACUUACAGGGAGACGGCGCUGCUCAUUGACCCCAAGAACUCCUGCGCGUCUUCCCGGCAGUGGGUGGCGCUGGUGGUGGGUCACGAACUGGCCCACCAGUGGUUUGGAAACUUGGUCACCAUGGAGUGGUGGACCCACCUGUGGCUCAAUGAGGGCUUUGCGUCAUGGAUCGAGUACCUGUGCGUGGACCACUGCUUCCCGGAGUACGACAUCUGGACGCAGUUUGUGUCGGCCGACUACACGCGGGCUCUGGACCUGGACGCGCUGGACAGCAGCCAUCCCAUCGAGGUCAACGUGGGCCAUCCGUCCGAAGUGGACGAAAUCUUUGACGCCAUCUCUUACAGCAAAGGCGCCUCGGUCAUCCGAAUGUUGCACAACUACAUUGGAGACGAGGACUUUAGGAAAGGAAUGAACGCCUAUUUGUUGAAGUUCCAGCACAAAAAUGCCUCGACAGAGGACCUGUGGGAAUGUUUGGAGCAAGCUAGCGGCAAACCCAUCGCCACGGUGAUGAACUCGUGGACCAAACAGAUGGGCUUCCCCAUUAUCGCAGUCAAACAGGAGCAGCACGGUGAUGACCGCGUUCUCAAUAUCUCUCAGAAGAAGUUCUGCGCUAGCGGACCGCAGAAUGGUGAGAAUUGUUCCUACUGGAUGGUACCCAUCAGCAUCUGUACCAGCAAGGACCCCACCUGCAGCAAACUCCAGGUUCUACUGGACAAACCCCAGACCAGCGUCACCCUGCCAGGCGUCAGCCCCGAGCAGUGGGUCAAGAUCAAUCCCGGCACGGUGGGUUUCUACCGCAUCCAAUACAGCUCGGCCAUGCUGCAGAGCCUGCUGCCCGCCAUCAGAGACCUCAGCCUGCUGCCGGUGGACCGCCUCAGCCUUCAGAACGACCUCUUCUCCCUGGCCCGCGCGGGCGUGAUCAGCACGGCGGAGGUACUGCGUCUGAUGGAGGCCUUCGUCAACGAGCCCAACUACACGGUGUGGAGCGACCUCAGCUGCAACCUGGGCGUCCUGUCUUCGCUGCUGUCUCACACCGACUUCCACGAGGACAUCCAGGAGUUCAUCCGAGACCUCUUCACGCCCAUCGGCCUCCGCCUGGGCUGGGACUGCAAGGCCGGAGAAGGCCACCUGGACGCCCUGCUGAGGGGCCUGGUUCUCGGCAAGUUGGGCAAGGCGGGACACAAACCCACCUUGGAGGAGGCCCGGCGGAGAUUCAAGGAGCACGUGGACGGCAAACACGUUCUGCCGGCGGACCUCAGGAGCCCGGUGUAUUUAACGGUGCUGAAGCACGGCGACGGCGGCACGUUAGACACCAUGCUCAGGCUUCACAAGCAGGCGGACAUGCAGGAAGAAAAGAAUCGCAUCGAGCGGGUGCUCGGCGCCAUCUCGGCGCCGGAGCUCAUCCAGAGGGUGCUCGCCUUCGCCCUCUCGGAAGAGGUGCGUCCUCAGGACACGGUGUCGGUGAUCGGCGGCGUGGCCGGCAGCAGCAAACAAGGCCGCAAAGCCGCCUGGAAGUUUGUGAAGGACAACUGGGAGGAGCUUCACAACCACUACCAGGGCGGCUUCCUUUUGUCGCGCCUCAUCAAGCUGACAGUGGACGGCUUCGCCAUCGACAAAAUGGCCACAGAAGUCAAGAGUUUCUUCGAGAGUCACCCGACGCCGGCGGUGGAGCGCACGGUGCUGCAGUGCUGCGAGAACAUCCUGCUCAACGCCGCCUGGCUCAAGCGCGACGCCGACGACAUCCACCAGUAUCUGAUGCAGCGCAAGGCGCCC